AGCUGGCUUAUGCACAGCUAACAAGGUAAAUUUGGAAAAGCCGCUGCUCCUGAUGGUUCUGCAUUAGUGCUUGAGUAUCUCCGAAAACAAAAGUAUAGAUCUCUUCCACUCAGUUGAGUAGGCUGGUUAGUGUUGUUCAAGUAACUAAUAUGUUGUGGGCUGUCAACGAGACAGUCGUCCUUAUUCGGUUGGUUUUCAUAAUGAUUUUAAUGAUGGCGAUAAGGGAAGGUAGGGAAAGGUCUUCCACGGCUGAUGUACGGCAGGCUACCGAGGUUUCGGUGAAUCUGCACAAUAAGAUUACAAAAGCACACGCUGCGAAAGCUCUACGGGAACUACAUCAGAAUAAACAAAUUGAAGGACGGGCUGCUGGGAAACAGAUAGUAUAUCACGCCCUCCAGGAGACGUCCACCGAAGUGACACCCGAGAUCAUUGCAGCUUUGGAUGAACAGGCUGAGAAACUGCAGGAGCAAGUAACCAGUCUCGAAGCUGCAGAGAAAAGGACGCGAGCGGAGCUAGCAACCAUCUGUGCAAGACCCUUGCUCUCCGAACUUCGACGGGAUGUCGGUCAGUUUGAGCAAGAACAUGAGGCAAUCCGUGCACGCCUGGUGCAGGCGCGAGGGAGCGACGCAGGGACUGUACCCGUGCAGAUAAGAGUGGAUGAUGAAAGAGACUGGAACCAUUGGCAGAAUCAGGCCAAGGUGCGCGGUCGGAUUUGUCGCGAUCUAUGGCGGAUGUGUUCGGAAGUUGUGCCCGACCGAGAAGAGCUAUGGGAGAAUCUGGGAUUGGAGGGACCAUUUCUCAAGUGAUGAUGAAAUUGAGAGGUAGAGAGAGGUCUACCUGUUCGACCUGGUCACAAGCAAACACUGGUCCACAAUCCUGAAUCUUCCUAUGGCCAUUAAUACUAUACAC